UAUGAAUAUACAAGAGGUGAUCUGAAUGAUCAUUGACUGCAUUCCCACGGUUAAAGUGAUUUCUACUCUGUAAUCCUGUGACCAGAACUGGCAGUGCCAUGUUCCGACUAUUGCUGCUUCUGCUGAGUCUGCAGAGUCUUAACCGAGCAGCAGCAGAGGCAGAAAAUAAGGGAUUGCUCUUGGACGUGAUCACAGGCAUAGCUGAACAUGUCUUAGGACCAAUAAAUGAGACUGACUCUGAAUACUCUGAAGAAUCUUAUGAUGCAACUGAUUUAAACCUUGACUGGCUGUUUAGCCUCUUUGAUGAAAUAGACGAGUGUGAUCCAAAUCCAUGUUACAACAAUGGUACAUGUAAGAAUGAUGGUUACGGUGACUUUAAAUGCGAAUGCCCUUCUCCCUUCAAGGGCAAAAGAUGUCAAGAUGUUACUAAUAUGUGUAAGAACGUAAGAUGUGGCCGGGGCGAGUGUGUCCGCAUUAAGGAAGCACCAUUUUAUGAGUGCAAGUGUAUUGCCCCCUUUCAACCACCCAACUGCAAGAAACCGUCAGCCUGUAAUCCUAGUCCCUGUUUGAAUGGUGGGGAAUGUAUAAAGGGUCGUACAAGGUCUCAGUUCCUUUGUAAGUGUCCUGAAAACUACAGUGGAAAGUUCUGCCAAGUUGGUCCUGAUGAUUGCUAUGAGGGAGAUGGGACAUCAUACAGAGGUUUUGUCAGUCAAGCAGUGUCUGGACAUGAUUGUCUGCCUUGGAACUCUAACCUAAUAAUGCAGUUUGGUCCAUUUGAUGAUGAUGAAGAUGUAGAAGAUGAUGGAAUCGGGUCUCAUAACUAUUGCAGGAACCCAGAUGGGGAAAGUCAGCCUUGGUGCUUUGUCAGAGAUAAAAACAAGUUGCGUUGGAAUGACUGUGAUGUCAGACGUUGCCCUGAACAAGUUCCUUCAACUAUACCACCUGAUGAAGAAACAAAGCCUACUAUAAAAGCAGAAUUCUCUGAGUGUGGAAAACCAUGGCCAAGUAGGAUCACAUCAAGAAUUUUUGGUGGGAGGAAGUCAAAGCCUGGAGCUCAUCCCUGGCAGGUUUCUUUACAAGUGAGACUCAAAAACAGCACUGAUGACUUUAGUCAUAAUUGUGGAGGAAUCCUUCUUAACUCCUGCUGGGUCCUCACUGCCGCUCACUGCAUGGCCAGCACAGUUGACAUGCAGGUGGUUAUGGGUGGAGUGGACCUGAAUAAGCAUGAGGCAGCAGAUCAGAUUGUGGAAGUUGAAGAUUAUUUCAUGCAUGAGAACUACACAGAAACUGACAAGGCCUUAUACAAUGAUAUAGCCCUGCUCAAACUGAGGCCUGUGUCAGAAGAUGGACAUUGUGCCAGAGAGACGAGGUUUGUAAAAGCUGCCUGUCUACCCCCUGGCCCAUUUCCUGAUGGAAUAGAAUGCACUAUAUCAGGCUAUGGAGUCACUGAGAAGGAUGAGGAUGGUUCCAGUCAGUUGCUGGACACAAAAGUACUUUUGAUUAACCAGACUGCCUGCAUGGCUCCUAAUGUUCUUGGAGAUGUGCUGGAUGACAGCAUGGUCUGUGCUGGACGAAUGCAAGGAGGGAUUGACACAUGUCAGGGAGACUCUGGUGGCCCACUUGUCUGCAAGCAGAACAACACACAUUAUAUCUACGGAGUAGUGAGCUGGGGUGAUGGCUGUGGCAGGAAGAAUAAACCUGGUGUUUAUGCCCGUGUUACUCACUUCAUAGACUGGAUCAAUGAAAAGAUGCAUUCCACAUAGAGUUCCAUGACACGCUGCGUGCAUCAUGUUUUAAUGAAGGACAGACCUCAGACAGUUGAUCGCAUAGAAUAAUUUCAAACAAUUUAUAAUUUUUGGAUCCCAUUGUCAUAAUCGUACAUUAAGCAUGAACUUUUUAUUUUAUAUCUUAUAUCUGUAACUAUUGGCAUACUCAAAAAACUGAACCUGUCAGAUAUAAACUGUAUCAAACAUCUCUUAAAUAUAACUCUUCUGCUGUUUGCAGUCUAAAAUAAUAAUUGUCCACCAGUGACAUACAAAGCAGUUAUACAUUUGACAAUGCUUCAUUGAAAUAAAAAUUUUCUAGCUGUUUUAAAACAAGAAAAUUUUCUUUAAAUAAAGCUGCUUAUUUCAUUAGGUAAUUAAUAAAAAACGAAGGCUUUUGUCUUUCCAUUACA